CUUUGAUCUGACUGUUUAGGUGGAUCUGAGACACAUGGACGAAAAGGCUGGGAGCAAUGUGGUGGAUGUUGGGGUUGAUCUGUCGGAAUUCUACAUGUCUGUGGAAUGGGACAUUCUCGAAGUGCCUGCAGUCAGGAACGAAAAGUUUUAUACAUGCUGUGACGAGCCAUAUCUGGAUAUAACUUUCAACAUCACGAUGCGAAGAAAAACUUUGUUCUACACUGUGAAUAUUAUCAUUCCCUGCAUGGGAAUAUCGUUCUUAACAGUUCUCACAUUCUAUCUGCCAUCAGACAGUGGAGAAAAGGUUACACUCUCCAUAUCUAUUCUCAUCAGCCUUCACGUGUUCUUUCUACUGGUAGUCGAGAUAAUACCGCCAACGUCUCUGGUAGUGCCACUCCUGGGAAAAUAUUUGAUAUUUGCCAUGAUUCUAGUUUCAAUAAGCAUCUGUGUAACAGUAGUCGUACUAAAUGUACACUUUCGCUCUCCUCAAACUCACAGAAUGUCCCCAUGGGUGAAAAGAGUUUUUAUCCACAUUCUUCCCAGGCUGUUGGUGAUCAAAAGGCCGACAUAUGUUUUCGAGACGAGCAGCAAAUUUUUGUCCACCCACCUCGUACCAAGGAAAAGACAGCCGUCGACCUGUCUUUAUCCUUACCACACGACUGUCCACAGGGACGAGAACAGUCCCAAGAGGAGGUAUCCCAGUAGUAGGACUCCGAGUAAAGAAGAUGUUUCUCCAGGAUUGGCUGACGGUGGCCCGUUCGGCGGCAGCUGCCAGAUUCACGGGCCAAUGGCGCCCGAGGCGGACGAGCUGCCCGACGGCGGCGGCGCAGAAGGAGGCGGCAACGGGGUCAAGAGCCCCGUGCUGCGCAACCCCGCCUAUUCACACUCGCGUUGCCCGCCCGCGGUGCACAAGAGCUGCUUCUGCGUCAGGUUCAUCGCGGAGCACACCAAGAUGCUGGAGGACUCUACCAAGGUGAAAGAGGACUGGAAAUACGUGGCGAUGGUGCUCGACCGCCUCUUCCUCUGGAUCUUCACGCUCGCCGUGCUCGUAGGCACUGCCGGAAUCAUCCUGCAAGCG